AGAGCGGGAGGUUGGAAGGAGCAUGGGUGGGGAGCUGGCCGCCACAGUUGUAACGUGGCCCUGUGCUUGCUUUGUCCUCUGCAGGCGGUGAACCCAGGCAGAUCCCUGUUCUUGCUGUACGCCCUCAAGAGCUCCCCCAGACUUGGUCUGCUGUACCUGUACCUCUUUGACUACACAGACACCUUCCUGCCCUUCAUCCACACCAUCUGCCCUCUGCAGGAAGACAGCUCUGGGGAGGACAUCAUCACCAAGCUUCUGGAUCUUAGGGAGCCCACGUGGAAGCAGUGGAGAGAAUUCCUUGUCAAAUACUCCUUCCUUCCAUACCAGCUGAUUGCUGAAUUUGCUUGGGACUGGCUGGAGGUCCAUUACUGGACGUCACGGUUUCUCAUCGUCAAUGCCAUGUUACUCUCAGUCCUGGAAUUAUUCUCCUUUUGGAGAAUCUGGUCAAGAAGCGAACUGAAGACUGUGCCUCAGAGGAUGUGGAGCCACUUCUGGAAAGUAUCAACACAGGGGCUUUUUGUGGCCAUGUUCUGGCCCCUCAUUCCUCAGUUUGUCUGCAACUGUCUGUUUUACUGGGCCCUGUACUUUAACCCAAUUAUUAACAUUGAUCUCGUGGUCAAGGAAGUCCGACGGCUGGAAACUCAGGUGUUGUGACUGGCACUGCCCAGGCUCUGAGAGACUCUUCUAGUCUCCCUGACGUCUGAGCUUUGAUGCUUAGGAGGGCUGAGGCAGGGAGCGGACUUCCCGCUUUCUACCCCUAGCAAAGCAAGGUGCUGCUUCGUAUGUCAAA